CCCGCGAUAAAUACGAAUGGAAACGAACGAGAUUGAAGACUGCAUAUGUACUAUUGGAAGAACUAUAACUAUUGACUCCUGCACACACAGAAUGCGACACGUUUUCCGCGUGGUAAAAGGCAAGGCGGUAGCCAAUCAACUGACAACUUUUCCAUAAGAGCGAAGGAUUGAUUGGCUAUCGCUUCUUGUCGUAUGUGUAUGCCUCACGAGAUUACCGGCACCUUAUUCAUGUUCAUUUUUUUCUUUGGUAAAUAUGAGAGUACAUGAAGCACAAUUCUGAUGUAAUCGCUAAACCUGUACAUACACUUGAUGUAUCCUAUCUUUUACGAGUAUCUUUCUGUAUAAUAUACGAGAAACGAUUGUACAACACAUUUUGUUUUGAUUCCAUAACAAGAUGAAGUGGAUGUCAAGUUUGAAUAAUAAUUUAAUACCAAUUUUAAUUGGUAUAUCUCUGACAACUCUGAGUUUGUCCAUAGCAGUUUUGUUAUAUCCUGCCUUAGGAAAGGAUGAUGAUGCAGAGAAUGAUAAUACCAAGAAAUUUAGUAAAAUAAUAAGAUCUGAAAGAAAAGAGAUAAGAUUGAAAGUACCUAAACAAUUUGUAUCUGCUGUAAUUGGUAGAGGUGGUUCCGUGAUCAACAACAUACGAACUAUGACUGGCACGCGUAUUUCAAUGGAUGAUGACAUAGACUGUCUAAAUUGUACGUGUACUAUACAGGGUAACGACAUGGAAAGCAUUCUCCUAGCAGAAUCUUUGAUUAAAAACAUAAUAGACAAUCAGCCCAUCAUAGAGACUUAUGAGUUAUUUGUGCCACAUGAAGCUUGUUGGAGAAUCCUUAAAAAAAAUGUUGUACAGGUGAUAAUAAGGACUACUGGUGUAAAAAUUAUGAUUGAUCAUAGUUACGUAUCUAAAAAUGAGGAGAAAAAAGAAAAGCGGAUAAUACUAAAGGGCACUGCCGAACAAAUAGCUUCAGCUGUUACUGAGAUAGAGGAUUUAAUUCGAGAGGUAAACAAAGUUCAAGCUCAGAUAAAAUGCGAGGUUGCGGCAACUGCAAAAAGGAUGUCUAAAUCUGCACUAUCCCCUCGUAACAAUAAUGUCAAUAACGUUGCAUCCAUUAACGGUUCGGAGCCUUUGGAGAUUCCAUUGCCACAAGACGGCCUAAUAGAAGUGUAUGUAUCUGCAAUGGAAUCUCCUAGUAAAUUUUGGAUUCAUGUGGUUGGUCCUGGAAAUAUUGCUUUGCAGAACUUAGUGUCCGAAAUGACAGAGUAUUACGACAAAGAAGAAAAUCGUGAACUUCAUACUCUGAAAAAGAUAGCACAAGGUCAGAUGGUAGCAGCCAAAUUUGGACACGAUGGGAAAUGGUAUCGUGCGGAAGUAACAGCCGUCAUUACCCCAACAUGUGAAGUCUGGUUUGUGGAUUACGGAGAUAAAGACAUCGUUCCCACGAAGGAUAUAUUGGAACUCCGUACAGACAUGUUGAGUUUGCGACCACAGGCUGUGGAAUGUUCGCUGGCAAAUGUGAAACCGCGAGAAAACGAAUGGGACUUUGAGGCUAUAGAUAAGUUCGCCGAACUUGUUUCGUUAGCGCAGUGGAAAGUCCUUGUCGCUAAAGUUAGCAGCUACAAGGAACGCUCAGGAUCUCGGCGUGAAGGCUCGCCGAUUCCUUGCUUCGAUCUCUAUGAUAAAAAUGACGAGAAGAACAUUAAUAUUGGGGAAACUAUGGUACGUUUGGAAUUGGCUCAAUUCGAAGAAAUCUGUCGUUUUGCGCUGGUUUCUACAUUACUGCCAGAUAAAUGCGAUUUUCCAUCCGCUUCAUCUACACCGUUGACUGAACGUGUCUCAAAGGCGAAACCGGUUUCACCGCUACAGCCUGCAGAAGCGAUUGACACAGCGGAAGAGGUAACAAUGAAACAAAUUGAACAAUCAACUGGAGAAAUGUGCGUAGAAACGCCGAAAGAAAAGGAUGAAAUUAACGACUCCCUAACGACUUCUUAACGAAAGAAAAUAUUAACAUCGGAUGCGAAUGUCGAAUGCGAUACUUCAUGACAGAACAUGAAUAUGUAUUCGAUUAAAUCAUCUUCUAGUUAUAAGAUUUAGUUAUCGAAUCAUCAAACGCAGUUACCAUUUGAAUUUGCAUCGUAAACGAAAUGAAAUUAAGUUCUAUUCUACUUUCCUUUGUUUUAUUUUUUAAAAUGUGGAUUACAUUUCUUUUACUUUUUACACUGUCACUUCUCAUAAAAAGGCUGUUAAUUUGAAAAUGAAAAGGUUCCUUGAGUAUUUGAUACUAAAAACUUUUUAUUUGUUAUAGAAAGUAUAACAUUCUCUAUGUGAAAGUUGCAACUUCUAUCAAAACAAUUUAGAUUUUGCAAAUUUAUUUUUUAUUAAAUAAUCAUAAUAAAACUUUUAUGGUCAAAUCAUUAAAAUGUGAUGAGAAUCCAUAUCGUUUUAAUGAAAGAUGCAUAUGCAAAGGAAGAGUAAAAGGACUUUUUUUUUGGAAAGGGUUUGAUUAUCCCUAUUAAUGUCCUUUUACUUUUUGACGUACUCUCGUAUUAUUUUUGUACUUAUCUUUGGUAUCGUUUAUUUACGUUAACCUUUAUAUUUUCUGUUAAUUGUUAGCUCAUGUUAAAUAAUGUUAACGUGUUUAGCAAAUAAUUUUAACAUAAUGAAUGAUUGAUCAAAUGAUUUUUAGUGAAUGCUUUCCAAAGAUAAAAAUAUUUGGAUUAGGCAAAAAAUUCAAUAAAACGUGCCUUAAGCUUAUAAUUUUCUAUAAUAUAGAUUAAAUAGUAGAAUAAUAGUAUGUAAAUAACAACGAUAGAAAAGUAAUAGUAAAAGAAUGUACAGUGCUGCUCAAAAAUGUCAUAUUUUUAUAAUUAGUUAAGUUUUCAAGUGAGUGAAUAAGUGGUUAGAAAAACUAAGGACAGAAAAAAUUAAGAAAAGAUCUUUUAUAAAGAUCAAUUUAAGACUGUAGAUGGAGAAAUAGAAAUGGUUUACGAAAAAUA